UUCCGAUGAGGGUGAUAUGUUUUCCUGGAUAAUGUUUUAGCAGUGUUUUUGACUAAUUUCUGGAAGGAUUUUUAUGGAAGACAUGUAGUUAGCAAAGUUUCUCAUGGUUAAAGAUAAUGCUGUCAUCGCCCUUGGUACUUUCCAUCGUGCUUACAGCUGUCAUUUUACCACAAUGGCGUCUUCCGGCUGAAGGGAGUUCAUGGAGGUCACCCAGCACAAACACAGCUGCCUUGGGCAAAACCCAGUGGAAUGUCAGUAAGCUGUUCAGUCACCCUGCAAAUAAUAAGUACAGGGUGUUGAAGAAGAGACAAGCGAGUGAUCCUGUAUUGCAGGAUCUUGAUGCCCUAGUGGCAGAGGAGGAAGCUAAAACUGUUGAUGCGUCUAGCAUGGCCGGUGAAGCAGGGCGAGGCUGGAGCAACUGGAGUCCCUGGUCAUCCUGCUCUGUAACCUGUGGCACAGUCGGGGAGAAGAUGCGAAGAAGACAGUGUCAAAACGACCCGCUGACGGGUGUGACCUGCCAAGGGGAGGAUACUGACACAAAGACAUGCAAACCUGAACUCCUUAGUUGUCCUGAGACCACCUCCUGGGGUGCCUGGGAGGACUGGGGCCCCUGUACGUUUUCUUGUGGAGAUGGUGUGCGGACCAGAGAACGUUCCUGUGUGGUGUCAGACCCAGGUUUACACUGCCCAGGGGACAGUGCACAGACAGAACCUUGUAACCUUCAAUCCUGUGACUUAAAAGAGAGUUGGACAGAGUGGAGCGAGUGGUCAAGGUGCUCUGUGACGUGUAAUGCCGGCCAUAGAAGCAGAGAGAGGAUGUGCCAAGACGAUGCUACAGGUGUUGAGGCCUACCAGUGCCCAGGGAAGAAACACAACACUGAGGUCUGCGAUCAGCCCAUUUGUUCAACAGGUGCUCGUGUAAAAACAGUUCACGUGAUGGAGGGCCAUUCUGCCAUGUUGAAAUGUCUCUACGACAAGAUGUCCCCACCCGUCUCCAUCUACUGGUUAACUCCGGAUCAUCUAAAAAUUACCCAUCAGUCUCAACUCCCUAUGUAUGAAGCUAUUGGGGACACGCUAAGCAUUCGCCACACCUCCACUGACAUGGUAGGACUGUAUCGCUGUGUUGUGGAAGACAUACACGGGAAGAUUUUGAUGGGAGAGGCCCCUGUCGACGUUCUGGACUGUACAACCAGACCAUGUAGGAAUGAGGGCAGAUGUGAGGAGGUACAAACUUUGGAUCGUUUCAACGUCAGAUUCACUACCUACAGGUGUAUUUGCAGAUUCGCCUUCAGCGGUCCAACAUGCGAAAGAGGAAUAGGUCCAAGCACAAUCAUUGCCAUAUUUCUUUUCCUGGUUCUGGUUGUGGCGGUUACCUUGGCUAUUUACAUAGUCUGGAGAUUGAGACAGGCGGAAAGGAAACCUUCAAAAGUGAUAGCCCCAAAAGAGAGUAAGCUGAUCGUGGUGACUUCUAGAGACGCUCUGGCUGUGUCCUGCGACGAGUCCUCGUCAGAAGCCAUUCUCUCUGACUCUCCAUUGAGACAGGUAGAUUUUGACGGAGACGUCAACGCACCCCCAAACCUCAAGACCAGCCGAGGUAUUGGUGCCAUUUUCCCGAAGUUUGAAUGGAACAACAACAACGUCUUGUAUCAACCAUUGUCGAAACAGCUGUCAAAGUCUCAAGACUCGUGGGCAAAUUACGGAUACAUGCCGGCAAACACCUCGGACUUGUCGAAAAGCGAAUCGGAAAAUAACACGGCGUCAGCCCAGUCAAGCAGACAUUCUGAUAACGCAAAUACAAAUCAUAAAAGUGAGAAAUCUUCCUAUCGCAAUUCAGGGACAAGUUCUGGGAACACAUCCAGUUCGACUUCAACUUCCACCGCACAUCAGCGAACACUGAAUCGCAAACACAACACACAUCAAACACAACUACAUCAUCUUCGUCGUCAACCAGCGUUAGUUCCAGCAGCGAAAGUUCUGAAUCCGGAGAGGAGAGCGGUAAUAGUCGCUCCAUACUAAGACGUUACCUUAAGGCUUCUCGUCAAAACACCGCUUACUAUUGUCCGUCUACGUCUUCACUGGAGACACGUUUAAAACCCAUGCCGUUAACUGAUGGGUGUUCCCUCAAGAGCGAUGUGACAACAGAUCGCUCAUCAAACAACUCUACUUACAGUCGACCUAACAGGUGGUAUUAUUCAAAUCAGUCGCGCAGUAACGUAGCGCUGGACACCCCAAAACGGAAAGUACCGAGCAUUCGAAACGGCUCAUAUAGAUCCAUGAACAUGCUGUGCAGCAGGCCUACAUCAAAUCGCUUUACAUAUAAUAACUUAACGGCGUCUUCUGUACUUACAGAUGCCUCGUCCUCGUGUCAGCCACGGUUGGAAUCUGAAGGUGAAAAAAAUGUAGCUGUCAUUUAUCCAACAAGUAGUACCACAAUACAAACUGUAAAGCCGAUUUACCCAGAAACAGUGAAAGAAGGAGUUGUGGAUAGAAAUCAGUCGUGUGCUGUAACGACUGACCAUGUGGUCAUCCCGAAUUUGGACCCUAUAGAUCCAGAGAUCCAGGGGGAAAUUCAAUGUAACAUCUCUCUAGAUCCAUUUUUUGACCCCUUCCAGUCUACCGACCCGAAUGGCGACACAAACUUUGCUGAGUUGUUCCAGAAUUUGAGGGUAAAAACUAAGCAAAGAACGAGAGAAAGCAGUCGCAAAAGUAAACUGUUUAACGUCAAUCCUGUCUGAGUCAUCACGAAGUCAAGGCACGGUUGUUGGACAGACUGGCCGAUCCUGUACAUUACCGGCGUACGGGGAACCGUGGACACACGCAACCAGUAGCCCUGUUGACUCAUCCUGCACCAUCGGACCUCCCCCGAAGAUUAACCUGUCUGCUGUAUUAUCAGAUCAGACAGCCCCCAACUGCACGUUUAGCACGGAUCGUAUCUCCGAGUCGAGUGGGACCUUAUGUAGAUACUCCCCGAGAGGUUUCUGCCUUACCGUGUAAUCUGAUGGCUGCGUCCCUUCUCCCGGGGGACCAGGGAUCACCUGAAAUCCAAGACACUGACUGCCCUUCAAAACCACAUUGUCUUCCGUGCAACCAGGAUAACUGUAGGGGUGGCCAGAAGUCAUCUGGUGUCUCACUUCUCGAGCUAUGAAUGUGUCCUGUUCCGUCAUGAAUAAUAUGGUUCUUAACAUAAAAACAUUUACUUAUUUGUAAUUUACACGA